CACAAUGAUUUAUGGUGCAUAACCCGAAUGUUGAUCUAUAUAAAGACUCAAGUAAUAACACACACUCGAAUUUCAAUCCUCAAAUUGCUCUUCUUUAAUACAUGUCCUCCACAUACUCUCGAUUUCCUCUCCAUUUCAUUUGUCACCCAUUUUUUUUAAUUUAAAUUAUUUGUGUCCUUCACACACCAAAAUCGACUCCUUUUAAGUUUACCAUCUCUAAACAAAGCCAAAUUAGUAAGACCAUAUUCAAAUUUCAAUCCUAAAAAUUCUCACUUCCAUAUCCUUUCUCUUUUCUCUCCGUUCCUUUAAUUUAUCCUUAUAAAUUAUAAUGAAAAACAAAAGAUAAGUCUUUGCUCUGAACUUUUAAAUGUAUUCUCUGAUGAAACUCUUUCUGAUCUCCUUCUCUCUCUUAUUUGGAGGAAUCAAUGGAGAAAUGGGUUCAAACCAGCUUCUUGGACCAAGAAAAGUACCGAAACUCUUUGUAUUCGGAGAUUCUUACGCGGAUACCGGAAACACGAAGCGCGACACCGAGGCUUGGGCCCUCCCUUACGGUAUCACUUUCCCCGGUAAACCUUCCGGCCGUUACUGUGAUGGUCUCAUAGCCACCGAUUUUCUAGAAAAAGUGUUGGGGGCAGAAUCACCGUACCUCUAUAGAACUCACGGACGAAAGAAAAAAAUAAAAAGAGGCAUGAAUUUUGCGUUCGGGGCGUCCAAAAUGUUGGAGUCCUCUCCGAAUAGUCCAUUCCCCAAUAUAACUGCUCAGGUGAAUUUCUUAGUAGACUUUGUCCUCGCUGGCCGUGUCUACGGAGACAUUACUUCCUCCGACGUUUCUCUCAUCAGCUACGCCGGAGGCGACUAUAUCUAUUACAUCGACCAAAAUCGCCCUGCCGCUGGCUUGAAAGCAAUAGUAGAGAAAGUCGUGGAUAAUUUACACGUUAAUAUGAUAAUAUUGAGUGGCCUGCUAUUUAAGAAGAUAGCAGUAACAUCGCUGCAGCCGAUCGGAUGCCUCCCUUCUUACACCUCUGCAUCGUCGUUCAAGAGUUGCAACGAGUCACAAAGUGCAUUGGUGGAACUACACAACAAAUUGCUGAAACAAGUCGUGGCCAAGCUCAACGAACAGUCCAGGGUUAUGAAAAAGGGGCAGCAUUUCUUUAUCAUUGAUAUUCACAACGCCUUUAUGACCGUUCUUAAGAACAAAGGGAACAAAAGAUUUAAAAAUCCGAUGAAGUCGUGUUGCGAAGGUUAUUGUGGGCGUUCGAGUGACGGUGAGAAGUUGUAUACGUUAUGUGAUGAUCCUAAGUCUUCUUUCUUUUGGGAUGAAGUUCACCCUACUCAAGAAGGAUGGAGAUCGAUUUACUCGGUAUUAGGGAAACCUUUAACCGAGUUUUUGACUAAACCGUAAAACCAACCACUUGUUGUUUAAAAACUUGUUGAAUUCAUUUUUGAGUUGACCUAUUAAAUUUCUAAGUAUUAAGUUCAUUUACUUUUUUUUUUUUACUAUAAGCAUUUUGUUAAGAAAAUUAGUUAAUUGGGUUUCAUCUCUUUAUAGUUCGGUUCAUAUAUGGUUUACUUCUUUAAACCGCGUUUGAAGAACUCGAAAAGCAUGAGAGGAUGGUAAAUUAACAAUAAUGUUUAGAACAUUCAUAUAGGACGGCUGGACAUCUAUAUAUAACCCUCACGUGUGUCAUCGUGAAA